AUGAAGGCCACUAUUGCUACCUUGGCCGUUGCCCUCGGGGCCUCCACUGCCCUCGCUGGCUCUAUUACUCCGGUCACCGUCAAGGGAAAUGCUUUCUUCAAGGGAGAUGAGCGCUUUUACAUCCGUGGAGUUGAUUACCAGCCUGGCGGUUCCUCCAAAGUCGUCGAUCCUAUUGCCGAUGUUGAGACCUGCAAGCGAGACAUCAAGUACUUCAAGGAACUUGGCCUCAACACCAUCCGUAUUUACACCGUCGACAACACCAAGAACCAUGACGAGUGCAUGAAGCUCCUCGCCGAUGCUGGCAUCUACCUCGUCCUCGACGUCAACACCCCCAAGUACUCUCUCAACCGAGCUGAUCCCGAGAUCUCUUACAAUGCUGUCUAUCUCCAGAGCAUCUUUGCUACUGUCCAGAUGUUCGCCAAGUACGACAACACCUUGGCCUUUUUCUCUGGAAAUGAGGUCAUCAACGAUGGCAAGACUUCCACAGUUGCUCCUUUCGUCAAGGCCGUCACCCGUGACAUCCGUAAUUUCAUCAAGCAGCGCGGUCUCAGAAAGGUUCCAGUUGGCUACUCUGCUGCCGACAUCGACUCCAACCGCGAGCAAACUGCUCACUACAUGAACUGCGGCUCUGAUGAGGAGCGUAGCGACUUCUUCGCCUUCAACGACUACUCCUGGUGCUCUCCAUCUUCCUUCCAGACCUCUGGAUGGGACAAGAAGGUUGAGACAUUCUCCGACUACGGCAUUCCCAUCUUCUUGUCUGAGUAUGGAUGCAACCUCAACAAGCGUGACUUCAGCGAGGUCGAGUCUCUCUACUCCAAGGAGAUGACUGGCGUCUACUCUGGCGGUCUCGUCUACGAAUACUCCCAGGAGCCCAGCAACUACGGUCUUGUUGAGAUCAAGGGUAGCUCUGAUCCAUCCAAGCUCAAGGACUACAACGCCCUCAAGGAGGCAUUCAGCAAGGUCAAGAACCCCUCUGGUGACGGUGGUUACAACAAGAAGGGCGGUGCCAGCAAGUGCCCUGCCAAGAAGGCCCCCGUCUGGGAUGUUAACGGCGAGGAGAAACUCCCAACUCUCCCAACUGAUGCUCAGAAGUACAUGAAGGAUGGUGCUGGUGAUGGCCCAGGUCUCACCGGCUCCGGUAGUCAGUCCUCUGGAUCCAAGGCUGAAGGCCCCAACACCAGCGGUGACAGCAAUGGUGGUUCCUCUGGCUCAGGCAACAAUGGCAACCAUAGCGCCGCUGCUGGUCUUCAUGCCCCUGCUUCCCUUGCAGUUGUCGUCGCUAUCGGCCUGUCCACCCUCUUUGGUGCAUCCAUGAUCAUGAUCUAA